ACAUCAACUAUAUUGGAUAAGGAGUAUAUACCAGGAGGCGAUGGCUGGGUGGGCUCGUUCAGAAUGCGAGCAAAGCGAUCCUAUGAGGACAUGCUGAGACCGAUGCCAAAACCGAUACAAAUGGAUCACUACACUCUUGGAGAAGGUUUGAAUCAAAUAUUUUUGUGGUUUUUGUCGGAUUCUGAUGUUAGCAAAGCGAAACCAUCAGCGGUCGCGGAAGGCCAACGCAAUAAGUCGAUCUUUGGCAAACAGAACAAAAAGUCAUUCCUGGCGGUACUUGCAAAGAAGUUAGUUCAUACGGUACGCUUGCUGAAGAAUAAGGAUAAGGACUACAAAAGCUGGCAGACUAUAAUAAGCGAAAUAAGUGAAGAAGGCAGAAAACUGAAACAAAAACAGAAAGCCAGAAAACUGCUCGAGAAACGACUAAAGUUGUUCAAGAAGACUUUAAACUCUGAAGGAGUCAACCAUCCGUUAAUGAAGAAAAUGGAUGCAAUUCAGACGGGCGACCAAGACGAAAUGGAGAAAGUAAUGCUGAAAGCGAAAGCGCAGGAGAGUGAACUCACAGAUAAGGAGAAACUUAUGCAAACUCCUGUGAAAUUAAUUCGAGAAGGUUUGUGA